AUGGCGAGCAAUCAAGGCAACUUGGCUGCUACUCAUGAAUCAGCAGAAUUAUCUAGCCAAGCAAUGAACAAAAACGAAGUAAAUUCACCAUCUUAUGCUCAGCACUUUGAGAAAGAAAAUAAGUACAAGCCAUCCCCGGCCUUUACCCAAUAUUGGACAAAUCAACUUGUUUGGGAGAAGUGCCAGAAGUUUAACACACCUGUUUUUAAUAGCUCUCCUUCUCCUCUAACUUCUCAUGAGUUAAGAUAUGACUAUGAAAAUGACUCUGGUUCCAAUUUAAGCCCUCCGAAUAGUCCCAGUGCUAGAUCUGAUAGUUCCACAAGCGAAAGAUUUUCUCGAGAAACUAGUUAUUUUGAUACACCAACAAAAAAGUCAUCUGGAAAACAAGGAGAGGAAUUUCCAACUACCAAGAAGGCCAGAAAUAGAGAGGCAGCUCAUAAGUGCAGGGUAAGAAAGAAGAGACAUAUAGAUGAUCUACAGAAGCGAACUAAACAUUAUACGACGGAGAACAAGUCUCUUUUGAAGGAAGCCAACAGUCUCAGAGAGGAAAUCGUUCGGCUUAGGAUGCUUAUCAUGGCUCAUAGAAAAUGUCCGGUGACCGCUGCUUGUGAUAAAACACUCGUGAUGAUGGGUAAAAAACCAGUUUCAUCUUCUGAUAUCCCUCAAGAGUAG